CACUCACCCUUUUCGUUUUCAAGAUCAAAAUCGACUUGGUUCACUCAUUAAAAUCCUUCAGUUAACAGAGAGCAUCACCAUUCACCACUCUACUACUCUAUCACCCACAAAUGGGUUCUUCUCAAAACCCCCAUUUGCUUCACCAUUUCACCAUUAUUUCUCUUCUAUUUCUAUUGAUUCCAUUCACAACCCAACUCAGAUCCGUAGCUCAAGGUAGAAUGCUGGUAAAACAAGCCACCCAUUCCCAGGUGGAGGGGAAGAUGAUACUCAGAGGGCAAAUUGGAUCAAGACCACCAAGAUGUGAAAGAAGGUGUGGUUCUUGUGGGCAUUGUGAAGCCAUUCAAGUGCCAACAACACCACAAAUCAAGACUCAUGGACCAAGUUGGGUCAAGAAUCCAACAACAGGAUCAGCCACAAUUGCAUAUGCAAGAGGUGAUUAUAGCUCAAAUUACAAGCCAAUGAGUUGGAAGUGCAAAUGUGGGAGCUUUAUCUUCAACCCAUGAUCCAAUUUUUAUUAUAAAUUGAUUACUAUAAUUAGUAAGUGUAUAUAAAUGAGGGGUAGAGUACUUGUUCAAGAUUAUCUAAUUCUCAUACCUCUUUAAGCUCUGCCUUUUCC